CGCCUGUUCUCCACUCUCCACUACUGUCUUCUCUCCACUCUUCAGACUUCACUCUCCGCUCUCCACUCUCCCCUUUCCAGUCUCCGUUCUCCGUUCUCCAAUUUCCCCGGUCGCUCGGCACACCAUGCGUCAUCCCGACUACCCGUUUUGGAGCUGUAUUAGCCUUGUCGUUCUUCUUCUGCCUGCUCCUUGGCACUGGAAGGCCCGGAAUGCUCCUCUCGUCUGCCUCAUCGGCUGGCUGUGGCUGACUCACUUCGUCACCUUGGUCAACACCUUGGUGUGGGCUGACAACUUCGCCGAUAGUGCUCCUAUCUGGUGCGACAUCAGUGCCAGGAUUGUCAUGCUCCUUCUUUAUACCGUUCCUUUGUGUUCACUCGCUCAGAUGAGGCGUUUAGCGUCUGUUGCGUCACCACGACGCAAGCUUGUCUUAGAUCAACCUCGGAAACGGUACCGGUAUGCGGAGGAGCUCUUCCUCUGCGUCGUCUGCCCAUUACUCAUGCUUCCCGUCAACUAUACUGUCCAAGGUCAUCGAUAUGACAUCGCCGAGACGUGGGGGCCAAUGAUUCCUUCUGUUAUCUCAUGGCCAACUAUCGUGAUUCGGUUCAUUCUCCCAACGCUCAUUGCUUGCGCUUCUUUGUUCUACGCUGCUCUCGCCAUGCGUUGGUUUUUUGUUCGCCGGGCACAGUUCCGCUCUAUCCUCUCCGGCUCUGGCCUGACAACGGGGGUGUAUCUUCGCCUUUUGGGUCUUGCCAUUACCGACAGCAUUUUGUUGAUGUUCGGCACCGUGUUCAACCUGCUCAUCCUAUUUGUUGUACACGGAGCCGAUAUACAACCAACGUCAAGCUGGGACAGCAUUCACAGCAAUUUCGGCCUCGUCUCUCAAUUCCCUGAGGAGAUGUUCAACACCACCGUGACGGUGGACGUACCAUUUUAUCUGGCGGUCCUUUACGCUAUCAGCGUCUUCGCUUUUUUCAGUUUCGGCGAGGACGCCGUGGGACAAUACCUGAAGGUGUGGCGAUUUAUCAAACGCGCCCUCAACGUCCGGCAGAAGGAAGCCGUGGACAUCCCGACCCUAGGGUCCACGAUCGUCACUCUCACUGGUGCUGCGUGGGAGGAAGGGCCCCAGAUUGACAGGCGGGUGAGCAAGGACGACAGACAUUCCGAAUUCAGCCAUGUCGGAUCCGGCAUUGCUGUGACAGUUGAGCGUUCGGUCGUGUGAGAAGGUUCCUGUACUGAGGACGCCCGCUAUAAUGGAU